AUGCGUCAGCUGUCGAGAGAUUCAAAGUCAGCGGAGCCGGGUGUGGCCAAAGCUGGUCUGAAGCACAACCAAUUUAAAAAUAAACAGCGGCCAAAACGAUACCGAUCUGAUAGGUUGCUGGACAAGGAGCUACCUGUGUUUACAAAUAAGUUUCAAAAUUUGCUAAGCUUUGCGUUUGAGGAUUUAACAAAUAGCGUCAAGACGACGACAGAGCCAAAGACGGGCGAGACACCGUCGCUGGACUUGAUCGUCCGUGUCGAAGCUGGUGGCAGAAAUGAAGAAAAAUCCGAGCUUACGAUGGCGCAGUUGGGCCUGGAUAUACAGGAAGAAGAUAGUACGAUUUCUAAGUUGCAGCAUAAGCAGUCGCGUCUGCAAUCUAAAAAGACGAAGCUCUUUUCAAGUAGUAACGAUACAUCGACAGUAUUAGCAGCACUUGGUAUUCCGAUCGAUCGUGAUAGCAAUCGCAUCGAGUCUCCGCCAUCCAGUCGAAUGGCGAUAAAGAUGAAUACGAAGCGCAAGAAGCAGACGCGUAAUCUUCUCAAGAACUUUCAAUUCGAAAAUAGCAUUUUUGACUCGGAAUCAGAUUUGUUUGGAGAUAUUGACUGGGAAGGGCAUGGCGACGUGGAAGAGCGUGAACGUCGUCAUUCUCGGAGACAACAACGGAAAGUGGUAAAGCGGAAACCCAGGCACGAGCUGCCAGCUCAAGAAAUUGAAAUUCCGACGUCUUUAACGGUCAGAGAUCUGGCGGAUCGAAUGAGUGUCAAGACGAGCGUGGUUUUUCGCGCAUUAAAAGAUCUGGGCGAAGUGGGUUUGAACGAGGAAUCGGUGCUGAUGAGCGAUAUUGCUGAGCUUGUGGUAGAUUCGCAAAAUAUGAUCCCAGUAUUGCUUCCCCCAGACUUUGUCGAUCUUGUCCCAACACCUUUACCGGAAGACUGUUCUGCAUUUCCUGUACGACCAGCCAUUGUAUCUGUUAUGGGUCACGUUGAUCAUGGUAAGACUACAUUGCUUGACGCUCUACGCAAGUCAAAGAUUGCGGCCACUGAAACGGGGGGUAUCACGCAAAGCAUCGGUGCUUUUUCAGUGGACUUGGGCAAAAAAUUUGGUUCUUAUUCGAAAGUAACGUUCAUUGAUACGCCUGGUCAUGCGGCAUUUAGCAACAUGCGAUCACGUGGCUCGGAACUUACGGACCUUCUCGUCCUCGUGGUAGCAGCUGAUGACGGUGUUCGCCCGCAGACAAUUGAGGUAGCACGCUUGGCUCGUAAAAAUAAUGUGCCGCUUGUGAUAGCAGUUACCAAGAUGGAUAUGCACGAGCAUGACAGAAAGGAGGUUGCCACUCGCCUUGGCUCCGAACUUUUUAAUCAGGGCAUCGUAGUAGAAAGUAUGGGUGGAGAUACUCCCAUUGUCUUUGUUUCAGGAAAGACUGGCGAGGGACUUGACCAACUUAAGGAGACAAUUGCUCUUCACGCAGAAAUGCUUGACCUUCGUGGUGAUACAAAUGCAGCGGGUGAAGCAAUUGUUCUCGAAGCAAAUGUGGCUCGGGGCGUUGGUGCUCAAGUUGAUGCAAUCGUUAAGUGGGGGACUCUACAGCAAGGCUCUUUCGUUGUUUGUGGAUUAGAGUAUGGAAAAAUUCGUGCUCUUAUCGAUCAGGGCGGAAAGCGUGUCAAGCAAAUAACACCCGGUCACCCUGUGCGAGUUAUUGGAUUAAAAGGAUUACCUGAAGGCGGUGUAGCCUUGCUCUCUGUGCCGACUGAAGAACGUGCUAGGGAAGUUGUGCAGACGCGUCAGGCUUUGAUACACUGGAAUCAACUGGCAAAAGCGGAAGAAGUAGAGAGUAUGGGUGAUGGCGAUGACGGAAUGCGCCGUCGCCGUCGUUUUGCAGGGGUUCGCCAAAAAUGGCAGCAAGUUGAGUUACGACGACAAGAAGCCGCUGACGAGGCGAAGCGUGUAGCAGCGUUGCAGCCUGGAGACGAGGGUUAUAUCGCCAAUGUGGUGCCUAUCAUGUUGAAGACGGACUCUGUGGGUAUCAUUUCUGCUAUCGAAGAUCUCAUUGCACCCCUACCCAACAAUGAGGCUGCGAUUAAGUGUAUCAUGGCUGCCGUGGGACCAGUGACGUCGUCAGACAUUGUGAUGGCUGAAGCUACUGGUGCUAUCAUCUACUCAUUUAAUAUCAAGCAUCCAGCCUCUAUCGACCAGGAAGCCCAGCACAAGCAAGUGACUUUGCGUCAACAUCGCGUGGUGUAUAGUUUACUGGAUGAUAUAAAAGAAUUGCUGCAAGAAAAACUCAAGGGCGUUUUGGUUCAUGAGGUCACUGGCUCGGCUGAGGUUAUUCAAUCCAUCCCAAUCACAAUGUCUGGUACUCGCACCACCAAUAUUGCAGGUUGCAAGGUUAUCUCAGGAUCGCUUAAAAUGCAGGGAAAAUACCGUUUGGUGCGUGACGGUGAAAUUGUGGUUGACAACAUAGAUAUGGCGUCUAUGCGUCACUUUCAGCAGAAGGUGGCCGAGGUGAACAAGGGUCAAGAGUGUGGUCUGCAACUAGUAGGUAUGGACAAUUUUCAGCCUGGAGACUUGCUCGAGGCCUACACUAUCAAAUUGGUGAAGCCCGAAAUUUAG